UCGCGUGACGCGCGUUGCGACUUUACCACCGAUGCUGACGAGAGUGUCAUCGGCGAUCGUUCAGCGAGGACGACGAUGUCUGGAAGCAGCGAUUCCGAGGAGUUCUUCGACGCGGAGGACGAUUCCUUCCAUCGUGUCUCGCGGAAAGUCAGACAGCGUGAUUCCACAAACGCGGAGAUACAAAUUCAGGGUAUACCAGAUUCUACUAAAGAAAUAGUGGAUGAUGUUUUUGUCAAGCCGGCAGACCCUAAACCAACUUCUGAUAUUAAGGAUAAUGUAGCUUUGGAAAGAGUACAGAGCAAGGAUAGACUGGUAGAAGAUGACGGAAAGGUGACGAAUACGGACAAGAUCGUGGGUAGAAGGAGAUUUCGUGAAUUGAGACAGCGUAUGCAGACGGAAGACGAUGAUAUUCCUGUCAACAGUUCUCCUCCGGAUAGUCAAACUUCCUCCAUCGAAGGAGUUUAUCCGAUGCCUUCUAAAACGACCCACCCGUUCCGAAUUAUAGAACAUGAUACUCUCAGUUUGCAAAGUAUGACUUCUUUAGGCCGAGUAGGUCGAAUUUUAGCGGGUGUAACGGAUAAUGUUUCUGGGAUGAUUGCACCAGGUGUAGCUCAGUGUUCCGCCUCGACUGUUCUUACUCGCGAAAACCAGAUGUCCUCCAUUGCUAGUAUUCCGAGCAAAGACGAGGAUACUGCAUCUGGUAAGCUGUCUCAGUCAUCAAGCGUCCUUACCUUAUCAGGGGAUAUCCUUCAGGAAUCCUCUGUUAACGGUAGAUGCGAUUAUGUCUCACGUCCGCAAAGUGACAAGACUAUGAUGCUUCAAGAACCCGACGUCAUCGCGAGUACAAAAAAUAAUGGAAAGGCCCUCGAGGAUGGUACGAAAGUAGACGUGCCCGUAGCACCGCCUAGACGUAAGAAGAAAUCGAAAGUGCAAACGCCUACCGAUCUUGCUCCACCAACUACGGAAGUCUUAGUACCAGCUUCCCCUUUACCAAGUCCGGCAAGUACCAUCGAAUCUAUUACGAGAGAAUUCGAACAUUCUCUUGAUAUUAGAUCUGCGACCAAAGGACAAUACGUUGUGAAGCCACAAGUAAGUAACAAGGACGAAGAUAAGUCGAAAGCCGAAGGACCGUCGACCGAAGAAUUGGAAAGAAUAGAACGAAUGAAAGCGGAAUUACUUAGCGUACGAUCAAGCGAUAAGUCUAGUAGUCCCAUGGGAUCGAUAUCUAGCAACAGUAUCGGUCGAUAUUCUCUGGGUCCUCACAAGCUUCCUGGCUUGAGUCCUCAAGGUUCUAGAGAAAGACGAAAAUCUGCUGGCGAUCAGGAUAUGGUUAAACAAUUAAAUAUGUUCGUAAGAACACGAACUGAUUCUGGAAAACGUCUUACGGACAUGGAAAUAUUAGAACAAGUUACCGUACUCAAUUUGGAUACGGGAGAAAGAGUGCCAUUAAGCAUAGCCGAAGAUAAAUUACCGCAAUGCAUCAAUCCCUUGUCCUUGCACAUUAUGAGAUUAACGUCGGAGUACAUAAGUAAUUCCAGUUUGGAAAAAGAGAAGGAAAGCGACGAGGAAAGCGUUGAUAGUAAAAUGUCGAGUAUACCACCGGACGAAGAUGUAACGGUGGGUAGAGUACGUAAGCGAACGCAGAAGUUGAAACGAUUCCUAGGGUCGACCGUUAAGAAAACUAUGGACAAAGCAAAAUCAAUCGCUCAAGAAGUAUCACACGCGAGACACAAAGAGGACGUGAUGGAUAUCGUCGACGAUGUCUACCCUGGCGAGCAACAAUACAUUAAAUUAAAGGCAUCCAACAGUCACAAAGGUCCAUACGAAUUCAGUUGUUUGCAACACGUUCAAGAUCUUAGCGGAGAACACGUUGGCCCUGUCUGGUGUAUGAAAUUUUCAGCAUGCGGUAGAUUAUUAGCAACUGCUGGACAAGAUCGGGUUUUAAGAAUUUGGGUUUUACGAGAUGCUUUCUCGUAUUUCCAGGAUAUGAGAACUAAAUAUAACGCGGAAAAGGUCAGUCCAACGCCUUCCCAAGAAUCUUUAGUUUCUCAGCAAUCUAUGGAGGAUCCUAACGUCGUAGCGAGUGCCUUCAGUGAGAUAGAAGGAACGAAGAGUCCGUUUAUGCCAAAGCCAUUCUGUACGUACACAGGACAUACGUCGGACUUACUCGACGUUUCAUGGUCGAAGAACUAUUUCGUUUUAUCGUCGUCGAUGGAUAAAACCGUACGAUUAUGGCAUAUAUCACGAAAGGAAUGCUUAUGUUGCUUUCAGCAUAUAGACUUUGUAACCGCAAUAGUUUUUCAUCCACGGGAUGAUCGAUAUUUCCUUUCCGGCUCGCUGGACGGUAAACUACGCCUUUGGAACAUACCCGAUAAGAAGGUAGCUGUUUGGAACGAGGUAGACGGCCAAACGAAACUAAUAACAGCUGCGAACUUUUGUCAAAAUGGCAAGUUCGCUGUCGUCGGCUCGUACGACGGUCGAUGUAUAUUUUAUAACACCGAUCAAUUAAAGUAUCAUACUCAAAUAGACGUACGUUCGACAAGAGGAAAGAAUUCGACCGGUCGUAAGAUCAGUGGUAUCGAACCGAUGCCAGGAGAGGACAAGAUCCUAGUUACCUCGAACGAUAGCCGAAUACGUCUCUACGAUUUAAGAGAUUUAAAUCUAUCCUGCAAGUACAAGGGAUACGUUAACGUUAGCAGUCAAAUCAAAGCGAGCUUCAGUCCAGAUGGUCAAUACAUAGUGAGCGGAUCGGAAAAUCAAUGCAUUUACAUAUGGAAGACGCAUCACGACUACUCCAAAUUUUCUAGCGUUCGUAGAGACCGUAAUGACUUUUGGGAAGGGAUAAAAGCUCACAAUGCUGUUGUAACGUGUGCCGUAUUCGCACCAAAUCCAGAUAGUAUCAUUAAACAGAUAGAGGAGAGAGAGCAGUGGGAGGGAAAGGAUGAUCCAAAGAGUAUAGGAAAUUCGAACGUGAACAAUGCACCCGUUGAUCCUGUCGUAGAACAACGUACUAAAGGAUGCGGCGGUCACGUUCUCGUAAGCGCGGAUUUCAAUGGGUUCAUCAAGGUUUUCUUAAACAAAACGAAACCGAAACAUAGCUCGUUACCUGCUUCUGCUCUCGCGUAACGUAACGUCGUUGACGAUUCACACAUUUGGGGAAUAGUCGAAUAGAAAUAAUAAAAUAUCAAAGCAUUCUUUGUCUUUAUCAAAUAUCACGAAUCUCGAUGCGCUGUAUGCGGUAAACGGUAUUAAAUAACUAAACAAGCUGUUUAUUGGAAAUUUAUCAAAAAUUCUAUAUGUUAUAUGCCGCGAGUAUUACCUAAUCGUUAAUAGAGAACUAUUUAUCGCGCGAUAUACAUAUAUUUUUCAAAGCUCUUACGUGAUAACGCCUAUUUAAAAGGAAAACUUAUUUUAAACGUAGCCACGAGACGCGGGCGCGCGCGUUUACACGUGUGAUGAUGAUAAUUCUUAAUAUAUACGUAUACACAUAUAUACAUAUAUAUUUACUCUUUCGUCGAAGAGAAAAAAAGUAUUAUUGGUAAAACAUUAUGCGAUGAUGACUAUGUAAUCCUCUUUAAUCGACAUUUUUUGCAACACAUACACAGACACAUGCACACAAAGUACAGACACGCCACACAUUCGACAAUUUCCUAAGUAAUAUCUCUUUCGGUGCUGGUUCACUGUAGUCGCGUAGUCGUUAUUUUCUAAGUAAAACACCAAAGUUACGUUACAAAAGAUAUAAUACGACCGUUCUUUUACAGAAGUAUGGUUUUUUUCUUUCUUUCUUUUUUUUUUAUUUUUAUUUUUUUUCUCUCUUUUUCUUUCUUUCUUUCUUUUUUUCUUUUUAUCGAAACGUGAAAAGAUACGCAAAGAGCAUUUUCAUAAAAAAGCAAAAAACGAAAAAAAAGAAAAAGUAAGCGUAACUAUUUACGCCUGUAUUGCAAUGCAAUAAUCGACUAAUUGUUAGAGGAACGAUUCGAAUAAAUAAAGUUUUGCGGAUAGAUAAACUCGAUAAUUUACUGUUAAGCUAAGAUUUUUUAAUCCGAAUAAUGAUUUCUAAAAUAUUUUUUUUAAUCUUUAAAUAAAUAUAUGGCGCAAUAUACGAAAGACAAUAUCGAAAUGUGUUUUAACGUCAAAAUGCAUUAUUAAUGUAAUUUUCUUAAAAGUGUUCUUCGUAAAUACGUUUAGAAAAGAGACCUUAGGGUAAUAUUGCUGCACUCGCGAUACGAGAUUUUAGAUCAACGUUCGAGAUGGCUCACACACAAAAUUUUAUGGUCACAUUAUGUGUUAAGCACGUAAUUAACAUCACAAACAGUGUGAAAAAAAAAAUGUAUGAUUAUUCCUGUGCAUUAACGUUUUAGUAUAGAAAUUGUCACGUGCUCACGACACUCGCUAAUUAGUAUUGAUCAUGGUGUAAGAUAAUGUAUGUCAUUCUUAUCUGGUGUAGCAUCGUUGUGUGCGAAAUAUUGUACAUUUCGUGACCUGUCAAUUAUAGAAGCAGAUAAUAAAAUUUUUAAGAAGCGCAAAAUGAUAACGAUCUGCGAAACGACAGUGUGAUAAUACUGCAGAAGACUCAUAGAAAAUUUGUACUUUCUUUCAUUUUCUACAAGAGAUAAAUUCAAAGAGAACAAUAUUGGCUGUUAUAAUUGUUAUCAAUGAUGACGUGAGAAGAACACGACUUGGAUAUCUAUUAUUUGCAGAAACGACAGCAAUUGGAACAGCUCGCGGAUUGGCUAUAACGUACAACAUAUUUUAAUUAUAUUGUAAUUUAAAUGUAAAUACGCAGGAAGAAGGAAUGUGUAGGUAUUUUGUGUAAAUGCGAUUGUAAAUAUUAGAUAAAAUAAAGAUCAAAUUAUCGUAACAGAAAACAA